AUGGACCUUCCCACGCCACUCAAGAUUAUCUCCAUGGAAGUCGGCAAUCCCAGAUUCGAAAACUUUUAUCGCAUUUUGGCUGGUGCCCAUGUCAAGUAUAUCACUAUAGGCCCCGGUGCACUUCAGCACGAGGCUUUGAUGGACAUGCCACUAAAUUUCGGCAAUAUUCUGCCGCCGUUGCCAUACAAUCAAGCCUCCUGGAACACUGCCCGUGUAUUUCGCAAUGCGGCUACAGGAGAAUUGGAAUCCGAGAUCUCGACCCGUGAGAUGACCGGCAUUAGCAACGUUUGGCAUCCAACCCUGGUUGGUUUUCUCCAUUUACAAAAGCUAAAGUCCAUGGGACUCUUUGUUCAGCUUUGCACGCUGACACCUGAUUCGAUACAUAACCACCAAAACGGCACUGGGAAAAGGGUGAUCGCCAAGAUGGCCCGGUUUGAGUGGGAAAUCCAGUACCUCGCCCGAGAGAACCUGGCGUACCAGCUGCUCCAUGGCACGGGCAUUGGACCCCGAGUAUUGGGUCAGAUCCACGAGCAAGGUCGCGUUAUUGGCAUUCUUCUCGAAAUAGUCCCAGGUCGUGCCGCUGGGAUCGACGACUUACCUCAGUGUCUGGCAGCGUUGAAGCGCUUGCACAGCAUGCGCAUUCUCCACGGCGACUGCAAUCGGCACAACUUCAUUGUCGGGCCAGGGGGGGAGAUUACGUUGAUUGAUUUUUCUGAGUUCAAGGAGAAUGCCACAGAUGAAGAGUUGGUUGCAGAGGAGGAAUCCCUCGCGACAAAACUUGAAGAUAACAGCGGUUUGGGUGAUUAUGGGGUUCUUGAUGAAGAGUAA